ACUUCGACGUGACCAUGGUACCUGUUGAAAACACGGAGGGCCCCAGCCUGCUGAGCCAGACUGGGGGGGCCGCAGAGACUGGUGAUGGCAGCAGGACAGCCCGCAGGAGCCCGCAUCUGCCCUGGACAAGAGGUUUCAACAUGUUGACUCUCCUGUCCUCUGUUACUGCAGCUGUCAGUGGCCUCCUCAUGGGUUAUGAACUUGGGCUUAUCUCUGGAGCUCUCCUUCAGAUCAGAACCAUAUUAGCUUUGUCCUGUCAUGAGCAGGAGAUGGUCGUGAGUGCCCUUCUCAUUGGGGCCUUGCUGGCCUCUCUCACAGGAGGAAUUCUGAUUGACAGGUAUGGAAGAAGGGCCGCCAUCAUCCUGUCUUCGUGCCUCCUUGGGCUCGGAAGUCUGGUCUUGAUUUUCAGCUUAUCUUACACACUUUUGAUCCUGGGACGCAUUGCUAUAGGCAUCUCCAUUUCCUUGUCUUCCAUUGCCACCUGUGUCUACAUCGCAGAGAUUGCCCCCCAGCACCAGCGGGGCCUACUUGUGUCCCUCAAUGAGCUGAUGAUAGUCAUUGGCAUUCUUUGUGCCUACAUUUCGAAUUAUGCAUUUGCCAAUGUGUCCCAUGGUUGGAAGUACAUGUUUGGCUUGGUCAUUCCCUUUGGGGUUUUGCAAGCAAUUGCCAUGUACUUUCUUCCUCCAAGUCCACGGUUCUUGGUGAUAAAAGGCGAUGAAGAAGCAGCUAGCAAGAUUCUGGGAAAGUUACGAGGCAUUUCAACUAUAACAGAAGAACUCACAGCGAUAAAAUCUUCCCUGAAGGACGAAUAUCAAUAUAGUUUUGGGGAUCUGUUUCGUUCAAAGGAUAACAUGAGGACUCGCAUAAUGAUCGGCCUAGUGUUGGUCUUCUUUGUACAAAUCACUGGCCAGCCAAACAUUCUAUUCUAUGCAUCAACUGUUUUGAAGUCUGUUGGCUUCCACAGCAAUGAAGCAGCCAGCCUUGCUUCCACGGGGGUGGGUGUUGUCAAGGUUGUCAGCACCAUUCCAGCCACCCUUCUGGUUGACCAAAUUGGGAGCAAAACCUUCCUCUGUGUUGGGUCCUCAGUGAUGGCAGCCUCUUUGGUGAGCAUGGGCAUCGUGAAUCUCCACAUCCACAUGAAUUUCACUGAUAUCUGCAGAAUCAAUAAUGUUGCCAACCAGUCCUGGAAUGACUUUACACCUUAUGGCCUAGGAAACCUGUCAACCAGCAAUGACACCAUUAGAGAGUCUUUUAAAGAGAUCACUUCCCAUAACGGAAGCCGAAUCAUACCCACAAGAAAUAAUGUGGGUACCAGAAAGGAGAUGAGCUUGACAGCUUUACCAAGUGCUGACUUAAGCCAAACUGAACACCAGGUAGCCACUGAAUCUGGUCAAGUCCCAGCUUUUUUGAAAUGGCUCUCUUUAACCAGCCUGCUUGUUUAUGUUGCUGCGUUUUCGAUUGGUCUAGGACCAAUGCCUUGGCUGGUGCUCAGUGAGAUUUUUCCUGGUGGAAUUAGAGGAAGAGCCAUGGCUUUGACUUCUAGCAUGAACUGGGGCAUCAAUCUUCUCGUCUCUCUGACAUUUUUGACUGUGACUGAUCUCAUUGGCUUACCAUGGGUGUGUUUUAUAUAUACAAUUAUGAGCCUGGCAUCCUUGGGUUUUGUUGUUCUGUUUAUACCUGAAACAAAGGGACGCUCUUUGGAACAAAUAUCAGCGGAACUCUCCAAAGAGAACUAUGUGAAAAACAACAUUUGUUUUAUGAAUCAUCACCAAGAAGAAUUAGUACUAACACAGUUUCAAAAAAGAGAACCCCAAGAUCAGCUUUUAGAGAGUAAAAAUCUGUGUGGUAGGGGACAACCACAGCAGCUUUCUCCAGAAAGCUAAAGGCUUAAAAAUGUUAAUACAGGAUAAAAACUCAGAAAAGGGUGGUGCCUUUGAUACGUACUGUGUAUAUGCAGUGUCACUCUAAAAGAAUAGACAACCUUUACACUCCGACCCUCAAGAGGAACAUUAAAGUCAAAUAAGGCCCAGAUUCCCACGUCAUCCCUUUUCUAAGUACGGUAUUGAGUUUAAAAAGAUUCAGGCUCCCCUUUUUCUGCAGAACAACCUUUGAAAACCUAUGAGCUAGUAAUGUAAGCAACUGUUUGCCUCAAGUAUAUAUACCAGGGGCCAGUCACAGCCUUUAUUUAGG